CCGGGGGCGCGCGCGGCGGCGGCGGCGGCGGCGGGAGCGGCGGGACGGCCCCGCGCGCUCCCCUUCCUCGCUCCCUCCUGCCCUUCCCUUCCCUUCCCUUCCCUUUCCCCGCCGGCGGGAUCCGCGCGAGGAUGGAGCUGUUCCAAGCCAAGGACCACUACAUCCUGCAGAGCGGGGAGCGCGCGCUGUGGUGCAGCCGGAGGGACGGCAGCCUGCAGCUCAGAGCCGCCACUGAUCUUCUGUUGGCUUGGAAUCCCAUUUGCCUGGGCCUGGUAGAGGGAGUCAUUGGUAAAGUUCAGCUUCAUACAGAUUUACCCUGGUGGCUGCUUUUAAUUCGUCAGAAAGCUUUGAUUGGCAAACUCCCUGGAGAUCACGAGGUUUGCAAAAUAACAAAGAUAGCUGUGAUUCCACUCUCUGAGACAGAACCUCAGGAUCUGGAGCUGGAGCUUUGUAAAAAGCACCACUUUGGGAUAAACAAGCCAGAGAAGAUAACACAGUCCCCAGAUGACACAAAAUUUCUGCUGAAGACUCUUACUCAAAUUAAAUCAAAUGUGUCUGCUCCAAAUAAGAAGAAGAUUAAAGAAAGCAAAGAGAAAGAGAGGCUGGAGAAGAGAUUAUUGGAGGAGCUGUUCAAAAUGUUCAUGGAUUCAGACUCCUUUUACUACAGCCAGACCUACGACCUGACCAAUUCUGUGCAGAGACAGAGCACGUGUGAGAAAACAAACUUAUCCCUGUGGAGAAAAGUUGAUGACAGAUUCUUUUGGAACAAGCACAUGAUUGAAGAUCUCAUCAGCAUCGAGAAUGCUGAAGUGGACUUCUGGAUCAUCCCCAUCAUUCAAGGAUUUGUGCAGAUUGAAGAACUCGUAGUAAACUACAGUGAAUCUUCUGAUGAUGAUAAGAGCAGUCCUGAAACUCCUCCCCAGGAAUCCACCUGUGUGGAUGAUGUUCAUCCCACCUUCCUGGUGGCGCUGAUUUCCCGCCGGAGUCGGCACAGAGCUGGAAUGCGGUACAAAAGGAGAGGUGUGGAUAAAAAUGGGAACGUGGCAAAUUACGUGGAGACAGAGCAGCUGAUUCAUGUUCACAACCACACUCUUUCCUACAUCCAAACCCGAGGCUCUGUGCCUGUUUUCUGGAGCCAAGUUGGAUACAGAUACAACCCCCGGCCCCGCCUGGACAAGAGUGAGAGUGAAACUGUGCCCUGUUUUCGUGCACACUUUGAAGAGCAGCUGAAAAACUACAAAAAGCAGGUUAUUAUUAACUUGGUGGAUCAAACAGGCAGAGAGAAGAUCAUUGGAGAUGCUUACCUUAAACAAGUUCUUCUCUACAACAAUCCAAACCUGACUUAUGUUUCAUUUGACUUCCAUGAGCACUGCCGAGGAAUGAAGUUUGAAAAUGUUCAAACACUGACUGAUGCCAUUCAUGAUAUUAUUCUGGACAUGAAGUGGUGCUGGGUUGACCAGGCUGGAGUGAUCUGUAAACAGGAGGGAAUUUUUCGGGUGAACUGCAUGGACUGCCUGGAUCGGACCAACGUGGUGCAGGCUGCCAUUGCCAGGGUGGUCAUGGAACAGCAGCUCAAAAAACUGGGAGUGAUGCCCCCUGAGCAGCCUUUGCCCGUGAAGUGCAACAGGAUCUACCAGGUGAUGUGGGCCAACAACGGCGAUGCCAUCAGCCGGCAGUACGCCGGCACCGCCGCCCUCAAGGGGGACUUCACCAGGACUGGGGAGAGGAAGCUGGCAGGGGUGAUGAAGGAUGGAGUUAAUUCUGCCAACAGAUACUACUUGAAUCGUUUCAGGGAUGCUUAUAGGCAAGCAGUCAUAGAUUUGAUGCAGGGCAUCCCUGUCACAGAGGAUCUGUACUCCAUAUUUACCAAAGAGAAGGAACACGAAGCCCUGCACAAGGAGAGCCUGAGGAGCCACCAGGAGCUGAUCAGCCAGCUGCUGCAGAGCUACAUGAAGCUGCUCCUGCCAGACGAUGAAAAAUUCCACGGAGGUUGGGCACUGAUUGACUGUGACCCAAGUCUCAUUGAUGCCACUCACAGGGACGUGGAUGUUCUGCUGUUACUUUCCAACUCUGCCUACUAUGUGGCCUAUUAUGACGAUGAAGUGGACAAGGUGAAUCAGUACCAAAGGUUAGGUCUUGAAGCUCUGGAAAAAAUAGAAAUAGGGCCUGAGCCUACUCUCUUUGGCAAACCCAAGUUCUCCUGCAUGAGGCUGCAUUACAAGUACAAAGAGCUGAGUGGGUAUUUUCACACCCUCAGAGCUGUGGUGAGAAACCCAGAAGAAGAUGGAAAAGACACUCUUCAGUGCAUUGCAGAGAUGCUGAGGAUCACAAAGCAGGCAAUGGGAUUGGAUGUGCCCAUCAUUGAGAAAAAGCUGGAAAGGAGGAGCAGUAAACCUCACGAGGACAUCAUUGGCAUUCGGUCUCAGAACAGAGGCUCCCUGGCCCAGGGCAAGAAUUAUUUGCUCAGCAAGUUCUCCUCCCUCAAUCAGAAGGUGAAGCAAACCAAAUCCAACGUGAACAUGAGCAACCUUCGGAAGCUGGGCAGCUUUGCUAAACCCGAAGUGAAGGUCAAUUUUUUAAAGCCAAACCUUAAAGUGAAUCUUUGGAAAUCGGACAGCAGCCUGGAAACUCUGGAGAAUCCGGCGGCAGAUCCCAAAGCCCAAAGUGAAUCUGACACGGAAGGAUCGGAUAAUGACUCGUUCCAUUCCGACGACUUCCUGACUAAUUCCAAAUCGGACGAGGACACCCAGCUGACGGACUCCCUGGAGAACAUGGGCCCCACGGACUAUGUGCUUCCCAGCUGUGGCAUCAUCGCCUCUGCCCCGCGCCUGGGCAGCCGCUCGCAGUCCCUGAGCAGCACGGACAUGAGCGUCAGCAUUCCCGUCCCCUCCGACGGCCGGGACUCCCAGGCCGGCCGCUCCGACGGCGAGGACAUUGCCAUGCCUUCUGCUGACAGCUCAGACAUGGAGUUUGCCAAGCCCAUGGAUGUGUACUGCCAGAGGUUUGUGCAGGAUGCCCAGAGCAAGGGCUCGGAUGUUCUGGAGGCCGAGGUUGGUCCUCAGGAGCUCCAUCCCCCAGCGACCCGAACCAGCAGUGACGCGGCCGAGGCCGCACAGACCAGGGCAGAACCCGUGGGAGAUGUUCCUUCCAGGCCCUCCAAGCUGGAUGUCCCGUCUUCUGAGCCAAAUCCUCAGCUCUUGGCUGUUGGUGGGACUGACUUCAGUAAAUCCCAUAAAAGCCCUGGCUCUGUGUCUGGGAACCCCGAGCCAGGACUCCACACGACUCCCUCUCCCGCCGACGGCGGCGGCAGCAGAGCCGUGUCUCCCUUCGCUAAAAUCCGCAGCUCCAUGGUCCAGGUUGCAAACAUCACCCAGGCAGGAUUGACUCAAGGGAUUAACUUUGCUGUGGCAAAGGUGCAGAAGAGCCCUGCAGAACCAGAAGCUUUAAAUGAAAUCAAACAAAAAGAACUGAGGGAAAUGUUUACGCAGUGCCAGACGCGGAUAAUUCAGAUCUAGUCGCUGAUUCAGGAAGUGUUCUUCUGGUUGUGGCUCUUAAUAAAGUACUAAAAAAAAAAUGAUAUCAGGACUCACUGUGGCAUGAACAGCUACUGGAUACUGGGAUCCACAAGAGGUAACUUGUUUACAGGCAAUGAGAGGUGCAAAUGAAUUUGGUUCUGACCAAGCUUCAGAAUUCCCUCACGAGGUGAGACACACUGUAAACCCCAUAUUUAAACAGGUAGCUUAGACACUGGGACCCAAGAAGCAUGCUGUCUAUCUUACAUGUGUUGCACAGUUAUUUUUUUUGGAGACUAAUUUUGUAGCUCUUCUGAAUUAUGUAGAAAGUAUUUAUACUACAAAGGUGAUACUGCACUUCUCUGACCUUACUUACCUUGCACUACACCAGCAAAAUAACCUACCGGGAAAUGACAUUUUAUUUAUUUUUGGACUAGAGUUUUUACUUGUUUUCACUGAGGUUUUAGAUGCAGCUUUCUCUGAACUGUGCCUCUACAAUGGGAACUGAUGAGUUUUUGUUGAAUUUAAAUACUUUAACGAGGAAGUGAGAUUUCUUUGCUAUCCUUUUCUUUUCACACAUCCUGGAACACUUUCAUUAAAGACCCAAUCUGAACUAUCCGUGAUCCUGCAGUGCAGAUUUCUUCUGUAGAUUGGGUUUUUUUUCCUCCCUUGAGGUGAGGGGAAAUGAAGCAAAUGCCCUUGAGCUGUUUUGCCCAUGUUAAAGCAAUUAUUUCCUUUUUUCUGAAUUCCAAACUCUGCCAGUUUGCUCUAAUUUUUUGUGUCUGUGUAAAGCAAGACAAGAUCCCUCCCCGUCAGGCCUUGUGUCCCUCUGUGCUAUGACUCUUUUGAAGCUAUUCUAACUGCCAAGUCCAGACAAGACCUAAAGGAGAAGGCCAGGGUACUGCUCCCUAAGAUCAGUGUUAGUUGUGAGCAUCUAAUCAAGACCAAAUUCAUUCCCUCCUCCAGCUUUGCAGGAUAAAGCUAAGCAUCAACUCACGCUGGGAUAAAAACUCCCCUUCUCUCCGUGUGUCAAAACCCAUCUAAAUGCUCUUUCCCAGAAUUGCCUUGCCAUGCCAUGCUAGUCUAGGACAUGCUCCAAGAGCUGCUGUAAGGCAGGACCUUCCUGUGCUGUGGUUUGUGCUAUAACCACCCUGGCAGCCCCAGUGCCUCCGUGUCUCAUCCCUGUGCUGUAGAUAAUCUGCACGUGGUGUCCCCACAGCCUCCUGUCCUGGGGGUGGGCUAGUUCUGUGUCUUGUAGUGUGUCUGAAACGACUUUAUCAUCUAACCCUGACAGUCUGAAACUUUGAUAAACAAAUUUGAUUUAUUUAUUUUAUUAAAAAGUGAUGUGGGUUUGGGUUGGUUUUUUUUUUUUUUGAGUGUCUAUACUUGUGGCGAUAUUUAAACUUAAACUACUGCUGUAUUUUAAUGUGAGCAAUAUACAUGAGAUAUUUUAAUAAAAAAAGUGGAAUCAA